UUUCUCCAACGAUGGUGGACGGCAUAGCGACGCUCGCCAGAUUCGAGAAGAACGUGAAACGAACCAACACCGGGUUCCUGGCGUUAGUAACAAACGUGGAAAGGGACGAGGAGCAGACCUCGGAACCUCCAAGAGAAAUCAAGGAAAUACUGAAGGAGUUCAAAGACCUUCUUUCCGACGACCUCCCGGACGAGCUACCGCCAUACCAAAGGCACCAACACGAGAUCGUGGAGGAACCAGGUUCGAAACCGACCUUCCGAGCACCAUAUCGGCUCAGCCCCACAGAGCUAGCCGACAUGAAUAAGCAGAUCGAGUAUCUCCUCACCAAAGGACUCAUCCGACCAUCCACUUCACCAUACGGUACCCCAGUACUCUUCACACCGAAACCGGACGGAAGCCUGCGCAUGUGCAUCGACUACCGAGCUCUCAACAAGCAGACCAUUAAAAACAAAUACCCGAUUCCACGAAUCGAUGAUCUGCUUGACCAGCUUCGGGGAGCCACGGUAUUCUCAAAACUAGAUCUGCGGUCCGGAUACUGGCAGAUAAGAAUGACGGACGAUUCCGGUCACAAAAUUGCUUUCCGAACUCGGCGACAGGUCACUCCUGUUACCUUCCGCUUACGCCUGCCAGCUACCUGGAAGAUUCACAACGCCUUCCAUGUCCAACUCUUGAAGCCCUACCGAGAUCCCAACACGGUCUUCUCUGGACGCCAACCGCCGCCGCCGCCGCCCGUCCUUGUCUAUGAUGAACCCGAGUACGAGGUCGAGUCCGUGCUUGCUCACCGCUAUCAACGGAAUGGCACCGUGGAGCUUCUCAUCCAUUGUAAGGGUUAUGACCCUUCAAAGGAUAGCUGGGUCUCUGAAUCCAAGAUGGAUCACGCUCGUCGUCCUCUUCGCGACUACCUUAUCCGGGUAUCGGGCUAAAGCUACCUGUCAGAAUCCGUGUUUAGC